ACGCAAGUGGGUUAGGAGGAAUUUCAUGUGAGUCUAUGUGGGUAUUGUAUUGUGGUACAUUGAUCCAUCGUUGUGGGGAUGAGAUCGAUUCUCACUGUGAAUAUGUUGGUUUAAAUAGUGAUAUGGUUAUUGAUUUGAAUACCUGGGUCUUGGUUGUAUCCAACCUAGGUGCGAUGAUAGGAUUGGCCGUCAUGGUCAGACAUGGAAUGGAGAGGGAGAGUGAACUAAGGGAUAGAAGACAUGAAGAUUCCAUAAGACAGAUGAGGGAGGAGAUUGUGUUGAGAGAUAAUGCUCUGAAGGAGGAGAUCAGGUUGAGAGAUGAGAACAUGAAACUCUGGGUCGAGAUGUUGUUGGAAGGAAGGGGAAGGGACAACGGACCUGGGGACAAUUGGGACAAGCCCUACCAAGGGAAGUGUCCACGAGGACCUAUUUGCCUUCUUUUUCUUUGCUUGCAUCCAGUAACCUAUAAACUACCUAGCUCUUUUAGACCAACAGGGCUACCAGUUUCCUCACAAAACCUUUUUAAGGCUUGGCAGCAACCUAACAGGGGAAUUUUUAGAGAUAAACUAGAAAAGAAGUCGAAGCUUACUACUUGUUGCCCCAAAUAG